AUGACGGGAAUUGUCUCUUUGAAGUUCGUAAAAGAAGAAGGCAUAGUGGAAAAGAAUACAGCCGCCGUAGUGGGAGAGUUUAACAGCAGACUGCUGCUCUUCAAUGCAGAGAGACUUACCCUGCACAGUUUCCGCGGAAAUGAAAGCAUUCACAUAAAAGGAGAGCUAGCAGGAGCAGACGACAAGUCGUUGUGGGUGCAGCAGGACAGCGCACUGCAGGAGUAUUUA